AGGGCCUGGUCGCAGUCGAUGGAGGCCAAGUCCCCAGGGUUCUUCCAGAAGCUGGUGGAGCUGCAGGCGCCCGAGGUGCUGUGGAUUGGGUGCGCAGAUGCACGCAUGCCUGCCAACGAUCUGAUUGGGCUGCGGCCGGGAGAAGUGCUGGUGCAGCGUAACGUGGGCAACAUUGCUUCCUUCAAAGAUAUGAACCUGAUGAGCUGCCUGGAGUACGCGGUGGCAGUGCUCAAGGUGAAGCACAUCAUUGUGUGCGGCCACUACGGCUGUGGAGCGGUGGAGGGGACGCUGCACGAGGAUGUGCCCGGCAAGACGUCGGCCCUGGCCAACCUGUGGAUCCAGGAUGUGCGCGACACGCUGGAGAAGAAUGUGGAGGCGCUGCGGUGCCUCAACGGCCCCGCUCGCGCCAACAAGCUGGUGGAUUUGAACGUCAUGCGGCAGGUGUUCAACGUGUGCACCAGCCCGGUGGUGCAGCAGGCGUGGGACGCGGGGCACCAGCUGGCGGUGCACGGCCUGGUGUACUCCCUCCACGACGGCCUCCUCAAAACCAUC